AUGAGGACGUGCCGUUCAUCACCAGGCUGGAGUAGCAGGACUUGGUGCACAUGGUGGAUUGUGUUCCUGUGGCCUACAUUUACAUGUGGAGGAAUUGUAUCUGGAGAGUCAGGGUUUAUUGGGAGUGAAGGAUUUCCUGGAGUCUACCCUCCAAACAGCAAAUGUACUUGGAAAAUCACAGUCCCAGAAGGAAAAGUGGUGGUUCUUUCUUUUAGAUAUUUAGACCUGGAAAGUGACAACUUGUGCCGAUAUGAUUUUGUGGAUAUAUACAAUGGCCAUGCCAAUGGACAACGCAUCGGCAGGUUCUGUGGUACUGUGAAACCAGGUGCCCUUGUAUCCAACAGCAAUAAAAUGUUGGUGCAGAUGACUUCAGAUGCUAAUACUGCUGGAAGUGGAUUCAUUGCGAAGUUUUCUGCAGCAGAACCACAUGAAAGAGGGGAUCAGUACUGUGGGGGACGACUGGAGAAGCCGUCGGGGUCCUUCCAAACACCCAACUGGCCGGAGCGAGACUACCCAGCGGGAGUCACCUGCUCCUGGCACAUCGUCGCCCCGAAGAACCAGCUAAUAGAGUUAAAGUUCGAGAAGUUUGAUGUGGAGAGGGACAACUACUGCAGAUAUGACUAUGUCGCAGUGUUUAAUGGUGGGGAAAUCAAUGAUGCUAAAAGAAUUGGGAAGUACUGCGGAGACAGUCCACCGGCGCCUAUUCUGUCUGAGAGAAAUGAGUUGCUUAUUCAGUUUUUGUCUGAUUUAAGCUUAACAGCUGAUGGUUUUAUUGGCCAUUAUAAAUUCAGGCCAAAAAAGUUACCCACAACUACGGUUCCGCCUACUACCACAACAAUCUCUGCUACCUCAAUUGUGAAACCUUCAGUUUCCCCGUGCCAGCAAAAGUGUAAGAGGAGCGGGACUCUCGAAAGCAAUUAUUGUUCAAGCAACUUUGUAAUAACUGGAACUGUAAUCACAGCAAUAACGCGGGCUGGCAGUCUGCAUGCAACAAUAUCAAUCAUUAAUGUAUAUAAGGAGGGAAAUUUAGCAAUUCAACAAGCUGGCAAGAGUAUGAGUGCCAAGAUUAUUGUUGUAUGUAAGCAGUGUCCUCUCAUCAGAAGAGGUUUAAACUACGUCAUCAUGGGCCAGGUAGAAGAAGACGGUAGAGGCAAAGUCUUUCCCAACAGCUUUGUCAUGAGUUUUAAGACUAAGAACUCAAAGAUCCUAAAUGCCUUGAAAAACAAAACAUGUUAA